AUGGUUUUAUUAAUUGAUAAUCAUGUUUAUUCAAAGCAAUGUUCACUUGACGAUCUCGCACAACAUCGAGACCUGAUUAAUUCUUCGCGUGAUUUCGCUUCAUCACAGGAAUUUAAACAAUCGAGACAAGAAAUAUCAAAAACUAUUUAUGUUUAUCAGCGUGAAUUUGCUGUUAUAGCAAAUAAUGAUCCACAUGGUUUUCAUUUAGUUGGAAGUGAUAAUGCAACAACAUGCCAUAUACUUGUAUUGGAUAAUCAUAGUGCGGUUGCCUUAGCGCAUUUAGAUGGAGUUCAAACACAGCAGAGUAUUGAAGAAAUGAUAAAAGAAUUAAAAAACUAUGCACCGCACACCACAGAUUAUGAUGUUUAUCUUACUGGUGGUUUUCUUGAUGACUCAGGCAAACAACAUUCUCGAACUUUAAGCAACGAAAUCCUCAAUUUAUUUUCUAAAAUACCCAAUAUUUCAUGUCAUCUUAAACUUGCAGCAGUAACCAUGUAUAAUGAUCACAUAAUCAACAAUAUCCAUUAUCCACAAGUCUAUGGAAUUUGUUUUGAUGUGCAAACAAAAACUAUUCGUAAAAUGAAUUUUAUUGAUAAUGGACCAGCAUUUCGUUUACGUACAGUUUAUCAAUCAGCGAAUAGUGAAAAGGCAUGGUGCAUUUAUUCAUCAUUGAAAGGAACAAUUGCAAUUAAAAGAUUUUUCAUAAAAGAAAGUGCAGUUGAACGUUUUUAUAAGCCUUUACGUAGAUAUUAUUUUCAUGAUGAUCAGCAGUUGCUCGCAGCAACAUCAACAUCACCUGCACAAGAACUAGAAUCAUUUAUAAUCAAUAUGAAAAAAACUGCUUUAUAUAUUUUAAAAUAUUAUAAAGAUCUGCCGGAAUGGUUUGAUAAAGAAACACAUUCAAUUGUCUAUUAUCAAUUGAAUGGCACAUGGAAAACUGAUAAUAAAAACAUAGUUGAUGAUGUUGAAAUUGAGUGA